AUGUUUCUAAAUAAUUUAGGAUCAGAUCAAGAUAUUCCAAUGAUCAAAUAAAGUUUUUACUACUUCUUAAUAGAUGUAAUGGAAAACUAAACUUUAUCUUUGGUUGAGAUUCUUAAAUCUAAAAAAUACUGCAAAAAAAGUAUGAUCAAUUUAUAGAAAGUAGAAGUUGCUUUUAAUUAUGCCAAAGCAGUUUUCAAUACUGGAGAUGAGGAUAAAUUGGAAACAUAGAGCAAUUAAACUAUUUAAAUAUAGAAAAACUUAAAUAAAAAUGCACAAUAAAAAUUAGUAAACUAAAUCAAGAGAUCAAAGUAAAAAGUGAAGCUUAUAGAAACAAUUAAUUUUGAGUAAAAAUUAUUUGAAGCUUAAAAAUAGUAUUUAUUUUGUCUAGAGCUCAAAAAGAGCCUCUUAGAUACUAUUUCUAAUGACCACAUUAAGCUCAACUAAUUAGACAAAUAAUUUUAAGAAAUUACCAAACAAAAAGGUUUUCUUUAUAAUAAUUUAUACUAAUUGGUUACUUUGAAUUAUUAAUCUAUCGAGCUUUAAAAUUUAUGUAUCGACUAUGAAUCUAAUCUUACUAACUAAAACUUGAUUUUUACAAAUUUUUAUGUUUAAAAUGCAAAAAAAAUGGUUUUGCAGUAUAGAAAAGGAUUGAAUGCUUUUUAUCAGUUUUCUAAAGAUUCAUGUGUUAUUUUUGUAUCUUUAUUAGGUAAUUUAGGCCUUGUCUGCAAAGUAUCAGAAAAUUUCUAAGACGUUGUUCCCAUUAUGACAAACGAGCAAGCAAUAGGAAAAAAUAUUGGUUUCAUGAUGCCUUAAGAAAUAUCAACUGUCCAUGAUUUAAUCUUAAAAAAUUUUGUCCAAAGAGGGCUUAUAUCAGAAGGUAUAUCAAAUUAUCCUCUCUUGAUAGGUGUUGACAGAAAUGGAUGGGCAAUUCCUUAUGAUGUUAAAAUAUAAGUUUUUCUAGUGUCGGAUCAAGAACUUGGAGCUUCUGCUUGGCUUAAGCAAGUUUCUUAAGAUGAAUAUCAAAAAACCUUGUAUAACACUUUCUCUGGUAGCAAUUACAAUCAUGCUAUUGCAUUAGAUAAAAGGUUUUAUGAUAUCUUAUUUUAGGAUGUAUUUUAACAAUCUGAAAUUCAAAAUAUUUAUUUUGGAAACUUAGCCCCUUCUUUGAUGGGAAUACUCUAAAAAGCAGAUCUUAGUAGAGAAUAAGAAAUAUUAUUUUUGAAACCUAAAACAAAAUAAGACUGUAAGAAAACUCAUAUAAACUUCUCAAACGACUACAGCAAUACAUAAACAAAUGUUUUUUUUUAACUUUAUUAGUAUGAGUUAUUUGUAAUGAGAGCAGAACUAAUACAAAUCAAAAACAAAUUUACUCAUUUCGUUUAAAUGAAGAUUAAGUAUCUAUCUAAACUUUAAAGCACAUUAGAAAUCAGAGAAAACUUUAGGAUUCUAGCUAAAUAGUUAGUAGAAUAUCAAGGAAUUAAUAUUGAAGAUGUCGAAAGUCAUUUAAAUUAGUUUUUUUAGUUUCAUUCAAACUUUUUAAACUAAUCAAAAUCAUAAACAAUUUUACUCUUUACAAAAAGAGAUAUUUAAAAUGAAAAUUCUUCAGAAGAUUAAGAAGAAAGCUCUCCUCCAACUUUAGCCAAAAUAACAGAAAAUUAUGAGCAGAGAAGAUCAACAUUUUUAAAAAGUAAUUACACUUAACUUAUAAGCUAGUCAUAGCUAUAGAAUUAGGAGAUAAUAACUCCAAGAAACGAGUUAGCUAGGUAUUAUGAGUAAAUUAGUUCAUAAGUGAGCCUUAAACUUCAAACCCCUACAGCUAAUAAAGGUAUUUCAUUUAUGAAUAUUCCUAUGGUAAGCUCAAAAAGAGAGAAUAUCCCUUCCUAAGAAAAUAUGAUAUUAAGCACAAAUAGAAUUUUGACUCCCAAAGAAAACUCUAAAUUGUUGCAAUAUUAAUUAGCUUCAACAGAGAUCCAGACAUCUAAUUAAAUUUCAGUGAGUUAGGAACAACCAGUAAAGAGGCUUGAGAAAAUAAAAAAAAAGUAAAAAAAAUAUAGAUAUCAGUAAAGCUCCAUCAGUUCUGAUUCAACCAAGCUGAGUUUAUUUUAAAUUCUAAAGAGAAAUAUAUCAAGAGAGAAAAUAGAUAUUAAAACAAUAGGACUAAAUGUACUUAGUCUUUUUUUAGUCCUCUGUGUUAUAUUGAUGAGUGUUCUCUUCUUAAUUUUAUCAAUUUAAAGCUAAUAGUAAGGUUUAAACUAGUCUAAAUUUAUGAUUUUUGCUAAUGAAAUUAAUUCCUCAAUUUAAGAUUUGAUAACAUAUAAAUACUUAGGCAAGUUGAUUUAAAAUAAUCUUAUACAAAAUCAACCUAAUUCAUCUUUAAUUAGUUAAUUGAUUAAUUUAGAGACAGUUUAAACAUUUGGAGAUUAUUAAAAAUUAAUUAGCAGCAUCAUAUUUAAUAGCAAAGAUACUGAAAAUACAAUUUUAUAGCAAAUAGUUAGUUCAACUAUGACUUAUAUUACUGAAAUUAAAGGCAAUACAAAGUUAUCAAAAAAAUAAAAUUUAGAAGUUUCAAUAGUGUAAACAUAUUCUUAGCUCUUAAAUGAUUUUUACAGGCCACCUUUAAAUAAUUUAAUUUCUUACUUUACUGAAAAUAAUUUAAACUACAAAGAUGAGUUAUAAAAAUUAUAGCAAGCUAACUAAAAUGAUAUACAAAAUUCACACGACCAAAAUAUUAAUUAAUUGAUGAUUUUAACUAUUUUAAUUCUAAUUGAUUGGUUUCUUUUAAUCGCAAUCUAUAAUUAUAACUUUACUUUGUUCUAAAAAAGAAAGGAAGAAACUCUAAAGCUGUUUUCGACUUUUUCUCCAUAAGAUCUUAGUGUUUUAUUAGAAUCUUGUAACUAAGAAAUCCAAAAAACAAAAUAAUAAAUUAUUAACCACAAAUAAAAUGUACUCGCUAAUUAGUAAAAUUAGAAAGAUUUGAAUUAUUUUAAAAAAGAGAAUGUGAAAAAAGAAUUAAUACUUUCCUCAGCAGAUAUUUAAAUUAAGAAGAGAAAAAAUAUAAGCUCUACUCAGGGUUUGAAGGUCUACAAUAAUUAUCUAAUUUGCUAUUCAUUUUUAACUCUUAUUCUAAUCAUUAUAACUUUUGUUCUUAUAUCUAUUCUUCAGUCAACAACAAUAUAACAAAUCCAAGAUAACUAAAAAUUCAUAUUUUCUGAAACAGAGCAAAAUAUAGCAAAUUAGUUAACUGUAACAUCUAUCAGUACAUACUGUUUACUAGGAUAGGAUGAAUAAAAUAUUAAUUUCCCAAAUUUACAAGCUGAAAUUAAUAAUUAGAUCUCUCAAAGUAGCAGCAUAAUUUAACUUCUAGUAACUGAAAUUAAUAAAAAUAACUACAGCAACUAAGAGUUUGUACAAAAUAUAUUUGAGAAUAAUUCCUGCUAAUAAAUGAAAUUAAUAGAUUCAACAUUAAAUCCAAAAUUAUAUAAUUUUAUUUAGCAAUAAUGCAGUUAAAUUGAAAAUGGAAUCCUGUAAAAAGGAUUAGUUUCCUCUUUAAAACUUUAUAACUAAAAAACAUAGUCAAUAAUGUAAAUUUUAGCAUCAGAUAAUUAUAUUUCUGCUUAAAUAGGCUAUAGAUUUUCUUUUAGAAAGUAUAAUCAACAAACAGAUGAUAUCCUUUUAAAAUUUUUAUGA